AUGUCGCCUACGCUGGGUUUUUUGUUAAUCCUGCUCAUUGGUGUUUCGGCGAAACCCCAGCGUGAUAUUGACGUCAAAGUGUCGAAGCGUAGUCCCGGAGGGAACAAUAGGCCAACUUCCAAUGCUGUUUGUAUUGGAAUAUACUUCGUUUGUUUUCGAAUGUUACAAGAUGACCCCAAAAAUAUGAUGCAUCGCUCCAAAGGUUUACAAAAGACAGACAUAUAUAUUGGAAAAUCGUUCAAUGAAAAUAAAUAUAAUAACAAUGAUGUAUUUUACCAAAUGCAAGCAAAAUUCUUUGGAAAG